UUUUGAAUCAUCGCCGAACCCAAUUCCGCAUUCCACGCUCGUGUGUAGCCGAUCUUCUGCUACCAACUGCCCGCGAUCUCCACGCCUCUCCCACCAACUGCUGGUUCGACGAGCAACUGCGCCAGACCCCAUCAGACCGACACUACAAGCGCCAGGCAAGCAGCCACAACAGCUCGAGCGAGCUAUGCGAGCAUUGUAGCAGCGAGCAUCGCACGGGCUUCGACGGCGACAGCGAACGAUGGGCGGUCCCCGUGAGCACGGCUGCCAGCGCAGCACCGCAGCGGUGACGAAGUGCGCCCCACAUGCGACGGCGAUGACAACAGUCAGAUCAUCGACUGGUUCUUUGGGGCUCUAGCGAAGACAGCUGGAAUGAUGGAUAGGGCCGGGGAUCUCGCGUCGGGACUGAGCAGGAGACCCUACGAGCGGAGGGUGGUGGUGUGCAACUGCGCGUCGUACUGUUACUUCUCCCUGGCCAUCGUGCUUUUUUCCCUGGGCACCGUGCUCACGAUACUGGUGCUAGACGACAGCGAGAAAGUGUUCCCCAACCUGACGCACAUGUGGCUCAUCGGACCCAUCUUCAUCAGCUCGGGUCUCAUGUUUGCCGUCAAAACCAUCAUGUACCUGCGCAGAGAAACCAUGCUCGCCUACAUCUCCAGGCAACAUUCUCUGCUACGGGAGCUUCAUUUGGUGGCUGUGGAACCAACAUUUCUCAGUGGGGUCGGACGGAACAUGAGUGCCGCAUCGCUGCCGCCAGCCUACGAAACGGUCGUUGGUCAGUCUCCUGCCUGUCCCCUAUUGGAGGAAAGCAGUCGGGGGCGGAGUCUGGCACCGGCUCCUACGCUGCCAUUGGCCGAGCAGGGACCGCCCUCAUACGAGGAGGCCAUUCUUCUCUGCAGAGGGCAGCUGCCUGCUGUUGUAAGAUUACAGGAUUCAACAUUCAAAGACUCCGAAACGCAUAUCCAAGCAGACAGAUAGCCCCCCCUCUGAACGGACCGGGGUUUCAAGCCUGGAUUAGUCUUCAAGUUCAACGUGCGCCUGCGAGGCACGAGAGAUCGUCGCCCACUCUACACUCCCCCAAACAGGAGUAGCCCGUCUGUUGAGCCCCAAAACGUGCGUGCACAGCCAAUGUGCAUUGAAUCGAAAGAUCGUCAAGAACCAUUCUCAGGGGUUCGACUGCUGCUAGGGAAAGGCUGCUGAUCCACAGCUCUCGUGACAUCAGUCACGAGUCUUGACACGUGCACGAUGACAGCAGUUUUAAGAAUCUGUGGUAUCAUGCAAUGGUGAGUGGUAGCUGCUAGCAUAUUGGUGUAUCACCGUGGACUUUUACACACGAAAGCAAACUGUCACGAUGAUAGUAGGGAAGGGCUCUCUCAAAUGGUGUGCUGGUAUGUGUGACUCAUUUAACGUGCAGAGGUGUACUCGAGUACACUGGUACACUAGUAGUUCAGCAACUUGUAGCACCCUCUGCGGUCCAUUGUAAGGUGAUGCAGUUUGUUUCGGAGGGAUCGAAGCUAACGGCUGUACCCUUUAUGAUGGGCAGUAGCUUGCGCCACCUAGCCUAGAAACCAAAAGUAUGAUUUUUCCUCCUUGCCUCUCCCUCUACCUUUUUGCAACUAUCACCAGGUGGUGUAGGAUAGUCGGCACUUGAUGCCCAUUGUUGCCGUUAUUUUUUACACGCAGUUGCCCUUGAAACUGCCUCCUUGGAGGAACCUCUUUUUGUGCAACAUGUUUGACAUUCAACGCCAAUAUGUGUAGGUAAAUUGCAACAAAGUACCGUUUUUGUGCUUGAUUUAGCCAUGUCGUGCAGUGUAGAGGUUGCAACGCAGUUGGCAUGAAGCGAUCGCUGUUUUUUGUUGUUUUUCUCCUGCACAUAUAAACGACUCCCAUUAAAACUACCAGAGCAGUAGAACAUGCUCAUCCGUUGCAGCAACUUGGCCAGUAAGGCUGUUUGUCGUCUGGUACGACUAUGUGGUGUGCACACUGGUAUGUGCUCAUAUGCUUGAAUGGUGGCAGCAGACCCAAGACUAUGGUGUUGGUAUGUGGUGCACACACUGGAACAUGGUACCACACACUAGUGUGCUGCUAAUAUGGUUGCAGCUGACUUGUGAUAUGGGGCCUACUCUUAUCAUUGUUGACAAUUUUCCCAACUGCACAAAAUGAUCUUGGUUGCACUGGGAUAGAAAGUGCCUCAACAGAGCAUCUAGUUUUCAAGUGGUCUCUGAUGUCGUGUGGCCCGGCUCAGACUACAAAGCUUACUCCUGCUACAAUGCCCAAGCGAGACUGCCACCUCUUCUUUUCGGCCCGCGAUAUGUGCGCGAACAGUGUCGUAACUUUGCCAAGGAAACAGAUUUUCAGCCUCGUUGAAAAAGGCAUUUUGUAAAUCUGCUUGGGCAGAUACUGGAUAUCUUGGGAAUGACUAGCCGAUGUGCAAGUCAUCCUGUUUCGUUAUAGGCUUCGUCUUCCAAGAACCUGCCUCGUUGAAGUUGGGUGCAAAUGUUGAUUUCGGUGCGUAGACAAACUGGAAGAUGGAUUUCCAUUGGAGACCUUUGAACACCUAUUGGAUGUAAUUACUCAAUUGGUGCACUCAUUUUUGUAAGCCAGCCCUUCAAUAUUUUGGGGGUUUUCAGUGACAACUUGAGGUAACUCUCUGUGUUGUUUAGAUGCUUUAAAUGAAAAAAUAGGGGCAUUACACACCCAACUGCUCACUUGUGUGUGCUGCCAUCGUGACAUUCAUUUGACUUGGUUGGGCUACACUGGUAGUGGGUAUAAGCUCAGACUAAUAGGCAGCCGAGAAAAUCAUUAUUACUGCUCAAACAAGCAGGAAAAGAUGCACAGUAUCUUAAUGGGUUGUUGUCUAAAACAUGUACGGGCAUCCACAAAAUGCGAGCAGUUGUUGUGGGGCCCAUGGAAGAUACUCUUUCUUCCCAGUUUCAGCCACUUGAAUUCGAAACUGCAUACUUCCCAAAUGGUUGACCCUUCUAUGCAUUCCACGACAGACUGGGCCAUAAAAUGGAACGGGCAGGAAUUUUCGGUCAGAAAUUGUUUUGUCUGUAGUGGGAUCUAGGACGACUGAAUGCUUGUAGGGCAGCUAGAAAAGCUAAUUAACUUCUUUCCUCCGACUCUCAUUGUAGCGGUGUAACAGUUCAACUGGCGACGACAUGGAAUGACCCCAUGCAGCUUUUUUCGCACACCUGGUCCGAUACGCAACAUGUACAUUCUUUUGCGACUUCGAGGGUAGAAAGAUUUGGACAACAUUCCCCCAAGCUCAAACCUUUCACCCGUUCCUCUUUCUUUGUUGGUGCCGCACAGUUAGACUGACGCUCUACAAGCAAGUGAAAUUCCAGUUUGUGCUCUGCUGCCUGCACAGCAGAGUACAGCAGGAGCACCUUUCGGAGCCACACUUACUUGUAGUCUUUACUGCACUCCGUGUCAAGCGGAGGCAGUCUAUAAAGGAAAAACACAAAAAAAAAGGAACUAUGCACGAACGCCAAGCGGUGCACGGGGGACAGUAAUGAAGGCCAAAGUUUUUUGCAUUUAGACUAGGGAUGCUAACUACCGAGUUGAUUGAAAGUUGCUCUUAGUGACGACUCGAGCGAGUGUCCUGGAUGCAUUUUUAACUUGUGGAGUCGCCCAAUGUGCGAUUGUACGACUGCGUCUUGGAAGAUUUUCGAUGCCGAGACUUUGCCAUCUGCAGUUUCGAAUGUGUCCGGGUUUGGUACUGUUGAUCAAUGUUUUUUUAACGAAUAGCGCCUCCACGUAACUGUGCAACUGGUUUUCGUGGUUGUACCGCUGACAGAGAAAAACCCUCACUUAGAUCUGUUGUUGACCAACCAGGGCAGUCCCUGAUUGAACAUUUUUAGCUUUACAAUGAGCUUCAGCUUUCUUUGCAUGUUGUGGAAUUGAAGCUCCUGCCCAUUAAUUAAUCGGUCGGUUACCAGGAUGGUAGCGUAGAACUUCUUAAAUCUAGAAACAUUGGUGGCAUUGCCCGAAGACACCAUCUACGGUCUAGUAAAUGGUCGGAGUGAAGAAGACGCCAUCCAUGGUCUAGUUAACGGUCGGAGUGAAAAGUGCGUGGAUAGAGGGCAUGAGCUGAUAAUGUUAACAGCUUAUCACGAGUGGCACUGCUGAAUUUUCUGCGGGUAUUACAAGUCAUAGUAAUGACCUCAGCCAUCAGUAACAUUCUCAGUGAUCUUGUACGUUUAUUGUGGGGGUACCUAGCAUUGAAGUCUCCCAGAAAACUGAUGCUACCUUCAUUCCAUGUUUUUUUGUUGAAAAAACGCCAAGAAAAUCCUUUAGAGCACAGAGCUGUAUGUAUUUUUGAAUAAAUGUAUUAUUUACUGUA